GAAGAAGAAUGACCGUGACGACAGUUGAAUGCGACGAGGUUGAUUCAUGCUGGCUUUCCCGGGACCAACACAGACAUGCAAAAGUAUCCAAACUUUAUAGACACGACAAAAACAACCAGGAGGACUUUUCGGAAAACAACAAACCAGCCCAAAAUUGAUUCGUGAAGUGCAAUGACAGAACUAAACGUGGUAGAGGUAGCGCGGCACUAGCUUGGCGAACUUCUUCACUUCAGACCCUUCGGUGGUGAGCGACGGCAGACAGCGCAAGGAAGGUUCACGUAGGACGUCUAGUGGGUGGCUGAAAAUAGGACGACGACGACAAUCAUGACUCGAAAUCCUAAAGUGAACAGAGACUAGGAAUGCUAUCGUCUGGCUUCCACACAUCAUGUGUCUUCCUGUGAAUUCACAAACAAUUGGUGAGAUGAAUGGCCGCACAGUUGUCAAUGUCACUAGUAGGUAUGGAAGAAGAAUCGAGUAGUAUGCAAAACAAACGUGAACCCCCUACAGCUGUCCCUCCAGGACUUCCUGUGGAGGUCAGUAGAAAAUCAGGAAGACUUAAUCCAGAAUUCACUUCUGACACACAGCCAUCAGGUUUUUUGGCCAGCAGCCACAUUGUAAACUCAGUAACAAUACAUCAGAAUAUUUGCAACAACAAAAGAGACUCCAUGGAAGAAAUGUCUGGGAAUACUGAGACUUGUUUACCGGGGACAACAGGAGAUCAGGCAACCCCUGUGGUGGUCCGUAGAAAACGAGGCAGACCUCGGAAGCGCAAAAACAGAAAUCCUUACUCGCAACCAGCCAGGCCAAUGGAUUGUAAUGUCCCCGUUCAUUCGAAGGUAAUUGAUGGAUUGGGUUGGCCACACAAUGAAGACUCCAUUUCAAAUGAACUAAUAGCUACAACUAAUACCACUAAUGGUGUUGACAGUCUGACCGUCAUCACUGCAACUCAAAGUCAGACUACUUAUCAUUCAGAUUCUGUUUCAGAACCUGACAAUAGCACAGAAAAGCUUAGAAAGAAAGGAGGAAGACCUAGAAAACAGAGACUUACCUCUUUAGCAAGUAGUCCUGUAGCUGAGGCAGAUGGAGCCUGGAUCUCUACGGAGGACCUACAACCGGUUGCCUCAAGAGACCCAAACAAAUCUCAUCUCAAUACAUUAGAGUGCAGUAGAUAUGGGAGGAAAAGGAGUCUUAAACUGCAUUUCAAAAUAUUCAAAAUGGAGCAGGAAGAUGAGCCUGAGGAUGGCUUAGAGGCCUGCUUACCGAGAAGAAAAAAAGUGAGGCGAUUUCACUGCAAGAUGUGUGAUCGUUCAUAUCAAUUUAAGUCUCAAUGCAUUCAACAUGAACUAAGUCAUGUAGAAAAGCCAUUUCUCUGUCGUCUAUGUGGAAUCCGUUUUGGCAAAGAGUCGAACUUAACGCUUCAUCUUAAAAAUCAACAUAAGUCUUAUACAAAUAGUCCAAAGAGCAAGAAACACAUGCAGUGCUCAAAAUAUUCUGACCAUGCGGAAAAGGAAUAUGAAAACUUAAACCAAGAUUCAGACUUUGACUUCCAUCAAUCUGUUGCCUCAAAACAAAGGAAAGGAAUGGUUUGCCUGGACUGUGGGAAACAAUUUGCCUAUCAUUCUGCCCUGCAAAGACAUAUGCAUGUCCACACAGGUGCCAAGCCACACAAAUGCGAUGUAUGUGGGAAAGGCUUUUGUCAGCAUUACUUUCUUUGUGUUCAUCAACUGACACACUGGUCAGAGAAUCGUUACAACUGCUUGGAUUGUUUUGAUUCAUUCACUGAAUUUUUGAAAGCUAAAAACCAUGUUUGCAGAUCUGUGAAGUCUGGGCAAGGUAAUCGUAUCCCAGGGCGAUCCAAGGUAUCACUAUCAUACACAUGUGACAUCUGCAAGAAAACUUUUUUCAUUUUGAAAGACUUCCACCUGCAUGUCAAAGCCCACAGUAGUGCCAAGUUGUACCACUGUUUGAUGUGUGGUAAGCUUUUUAGUUUCCAAUCGGAAUACAACGCACAUCAAUAUUACUGCAAGAAAAGAAGGGCAGAAAAUAAGUCUGCAGUGAAGUUUUCAACCGGUCGACGUUCAGAGUUCUUGUUCACAGGGCCAAAUUCUAUGCCCUCGGUCCGAGCUUCCACGUCUCAAGGGGACAAUUCUAGCAACAUGCCAUUACAAUCGCUACAGAUCCAUCCCAAGGAAUUUGUGGCCUCAAAUAAUCCUUUUCACUCCACCGUUAUAGCUCAAACUCGCUCACCUUUUGUGUCCAAGUUAAAUAAUCUUGAUAACCGGUCCGACCCCAGGAAAUAUCUAUGCCCCCACUGUGGACGAUUAUUUAGGCAUAUGGGAAGACUGCGAGCGCACAUGCUCACUCAUGCACAAGGUCAAAGCUACACCUGUGGUUGUUGUGGAAAGACCCUUGACAGUUGGUCGAAACUGUGGCACCAUCAGAGAGUCCAUAGGCAGAAACAGGGACGGUUCACUUGCCCUGAGUGUGGUCAAGGUUUUCGUUUUGCUGAACCCUAUAAAAGACAUAUGGCCGGGCACCCGGAGUACCAAUGGAUUCAGAGAAAGUCUAAGAAGGUGCCCCUGCCUUAUCAGUGUGAGCUCUGCUGCACCAGCUUCGAGACACUCGAUUUGCUGUUCAGCCACCAGUCCUGCCAUUUCUCAGGUGUGCGCAAGGUCAAACCUUUUCAUUCAUCACUCGAUGGUCAUUCUCCUGAGAGGGCUUUAAGCUUGCCCGUGAACCAUCAUCUAUCCCACAGUGAACCCCAGUGUAGUAACAUGGACAUUUCCCUCUCUCCUCCGGCACCCAGCCUUCAAGAAAGCGUUGCACUACAAUAUCCAAAUCAGAUUUUUCAUGCAUCCAAAAUGUGUGAUGUGUCUCCAGAGGACAUUAGAUGUGUUGUGUGUGGUAGCUGCUAUCCUGGCAUCUCAGAACUCUAUCUACAUUAUUUGCAGCAUGCCAGACGACAGUUGUAACCAAAAAGUUAUGUUUUCUAUCCACACAGGCUAUUUCCUUCCUGCCACUAUUAGGUUUGUACAUUUAUUUAGUAAACAAUAAUGAUGUACUGUAAAUGUUAUUCUGUGUUUAAUGCUCUCAACAUAUUCAUUCAAAUCAGAAAAUACAGUGGGUCUUUAUGUUUUGAAGAUGGUUUUAAGCUGUAUUUGAUCAGUUGUACUAGCAAGUUGUUACAGGAUUAGUGAUGCCCCUUUAUUAUUUACUGGAAACCAUCUUGCUCCUUGCCGGUGCUAUAUUUGUUUAAUCUGUUGUUAAACCAUGAGGUAUUUUAUGCAUAUGUGACGAUGAUGUCUCAACCAAAUGACAUGAAUGUGCAUUCCACAAUUGCGUUAGUGGCGAUUGUUUUUGAUGGAAAGCUGUAAUAAAUAUCUGUAUUUUAUUUUUUUAAAGAGUUGGUUUCUGUCUGUGGUAUUACACUACUGUUAUGAGGUGGUCCUAUGUCACAUUCUAUGAUGGCAAAUGUCUUGUCAAUCAGGCUUAUUUAGUCGUGUUCCCAAUUAAUUGAUAAUCUAGUAUUCUUACAAGUCAUAUUAAAAAAUGUCAUUAAACCACACUCAAGAAAAA